CCCUGUUUCCUUUCUCUUCCCAUUUCCCAUUUCCCAGCUGGCCAUAGCUGUCCAUUCUCCUCCCCCAUGUGACCCCACUGCUCAUACCACAUUGGAAUUGGAUAGAGAUUGCAAAAAAAAGAUUCAUUGGGAUUUAUAUCCCUUUAAUUAUGCUCUUCUCCUGCUUCUCUCUCUCUUAAUCUUCCACAUUUAUUUUCAAGAUUCUCUUUGCGUUUCUUUUUUUCUCCUUAUAACACCCUCAGAUUCAGGGGGCCUCUGCAAAAAUUUGGUCUUUUUUUCCUCUCUCUGUCCAAGUUUAUUGAUUAGUGGUGUUUUGGGAUUUCGAUUUCGUCAUUUUGCUGUGCUAUGGCACAGUUGCCGCCCAAGAUCCCGAACAUGGCGCCUAAUUGGCCGGAAUUCUCUCGUCAGAAAAUACCAUCCAUGGAUAACUUUGCACCGGCGGCGGCGGCGACGGCGGGUCACCAGAAUCCUUCUUGGGUCGACGAAUUUCUCGAUUUCUCCUCCGCCAGGCGCGGGUCCCACCGGAGGUCCGUUAGCGAUUCUAUCACAUUCCUCGAAAUGCCAAUGCUGGAGGAAGAAUGCCGCGGCGGCUCCGGCGGCGCUGCGGCGCCAGGAUCCGGGUCCGGGGCGCGGAAUGAGUUUGAUAGAUUCGACGACGAGCAAUUCAUGUCGAUGUUUAACGAUGAAAUCUCCGCCGCCGUGGCGCCGACCGUGUCGUCGUCGAACCCCUCCACGCCGUCCGAUCACAACAGCAUUAACGACGAGAAAGACGGCCGGAACGACGGCAAGCAGAAUCAGAGCAAAAACGAAUCCGACGAAGCGCAGAGCCAACAGCAGUCGGAAACUCAAACGCAAUCCAAUUCUGCGGCGGCGGCUUCUAGCAACCGGAUAACGGAUCCCAAAAGAGUCAAAAGAAUUCUGGCAAAUCGGCAAUCGGCUCAAAGAUCACGAGUCAGAAAGCUUCAAUACAUAUCAGAACUCGAACGAAGCGUCACAUCAUUACAGGCUGAAGUUUCGGUGCUGUCGCCGCGGGUGGCGUUUUUGGACCAUCAGAGGUUACUUCUGAACGUGGACAACAGUGCUCUGAAGCAAAGAAUCGCCGCCCUCGCACAGGACAAGAUUUUCAAGGAUGCUCAUCAAGAGGCACUAAAGAGAGAAAUAGAGAGGCUGAGGCAAGUGUAUCACCAACAGAACAUGAAGAAGAUGGAAAAUGCAGCAGCAGCACCAGCGCCGCCGCCACCCACCACCGCCGCUGGCGCUGCCGACGCCAAGCUUCCUCCAGCUGGUGUAGAUCAAACAGAGCAAGGUGUUCUAAACGUCGUCGUUUAGCACCCUCCAAAUAAUUAACAAGAAUAAUCCUAAAAAUAUAUUCCGAUUA